AGAACAUCCACAGUCCGUGCCCACGGAUUAUCCAAAGGAACCUGAAGAUCCUACUCACACAGUUAAAGUCAAAAAUCAAGAAAAAACGUAAGUUUGGUGGCUGCGAGUGGCCCGGGCCGACGACGUGAGGCGCGGGGCGGCGGUCAAUGUUAUUUGAGCGGGGGCCGCGGGCCUCGGCGAUCGCAGAGCAGAGGAUGCAGAAAGCCGCCUACUACGACAACGCGGGGCUCUUCGGGGGCUACACCUACAGCAAGGCCGACGCCUACCCCUACGGCGCGGCCCACCAGCCCUACGGCCAGGCCGGCCUGGACGGCGAGUACCCCGGCUCCGCCUGCUCCGUCCAGGGCUCGGCGCCCGGCCGCGCCCCGGCCCACAAGGGCAGCGAGCUGAGCGGGAGCUGCAUGCGGCCGGGCGGGGGCGGCCCCGGGGGCAGUCAGCCCCCGGGGAUCGGCGAGCACCAGCCCCCGGCCCUGCCGCCCUCCUCCCCGCCCAACCCCCCUCCCAGUGUGCCCCCUCCGAAAAAAGCUAAGGGGGGCCCCAACUCCUCGGGCUCGGCCAGCGCCACCCUCAGCAAGCAGAUAUUUCCUUGGAUGAAGGAGUCCCGGCAGAACUCCAAGCAGAAAAGCACCUGCGCCCCCCCAGGAGAGAGCUGCGAGGACAAGAGCCCCCCCGGGCCGGCCUCCAAGAGGGUGCGAACAGCCUACACCAGCGCGCAGCUGGUGGAGCUGGAGAAGGAGUUUCACUUCAACCGCUACCUGUGCCGGCCGCGCCGCGUGGAGAUGGCCAACCUACUCAACCUGACCGAGCGGCAGAUCAAGAUCUGGUUCCAGAACCGCCGGAUGAAGUACAAAAAGGACCAAAAAGCCAAAGGCAUCAUGCACUCCCCCGUUGGACAGUCCCCGGACCGCAGCCCCCCUCUAAGCGGCCCAAACCACGUCGGCUACUCCAGCCAGCUCCCCGGCGUCAACAGCCUCAGCUACGACGCGCCCUCGCCCACCUCCUUCGCCAAGUCCCAGCAGAGCAUGUACGGGCUGGCCGCCUACACGGCGCCGCUGAGCAGCUGCCUGCCGCAGCAGAAGCGCUACGCGGGCGCGGAGUACGACCCCCACCCCAUGCAGAGCGGCGGCGGCGGCUUCGCCAACCCCAGCCUGCAGGGCAGCCCCGUCUACGUGGGGGGCAACUUCGUGGACUCCAUGCCGGCCUCAGGCCCCAUGUUCAACCUGGGGCACCUGCAGCACCCCUCCUCCGCCAGCGUGGACUACAGCUGCGCCGCCCAGAUCCCCGGCGGCCACCACCACGGACCUUGCGACCCCCACCCUACCUACACGGACCUUUCCUCUCACCACACCUCUCAGGGACGGAUGCAGGAGGCGCCCAAGCUCACGCAUCUGUAGCGGGGCGGCGGCCAGCGGGCCCCGCUCCCCUCUCCAUUACCUCACUUUUCUGACGGGACAGUGUUACUGUGCUCUCGAGUGCCAACAGUAUUAGUGGAUUUGUCUCCCUUAGCAGCUCCCUUCUUUCUUCCGCAGCCCCGAGUAGGUCCGUGAACAGGAGCCUUUCUCUUAGAGCUGUUUUAAGCAUGACAGUGCAAUAUACUGCCAACCGAGGGACUGAUAAGCUGGUAAUGAUGUACUUGAAGGUAAGUCUUAGAGAUGCUGUAGUGUUAGCAGCGCGUCAUGCUGAGGUGUUUUAGACCAGUCGUGAGCCGUCGGAACUCGCCCGCGCGUAAGCUUAUUUCAGAGAAGUUAAUUUAUGAGUUCUUCCGUAACGUAAGGAUCGCAUUGGACUAAAUGAUAUGUAUUUAUUAUUUUAAGCGAGACAUUUUUUGUAUCACUGAUUAUUUAUCCUCGUCUUAAUGUAUUUAUGUGGGUAUUUGUAGAGUUUCUUCACCAAUACUUCGGGAGAGGGAUUCAGGUCCGUGGUGACUUACAUUUCACCUAUUUAGUAUAAUCGGUCUGAGCUAGUUGAGAGAGUAGUCUUGAACAGUUGUAACAGUGGCUGGUGUUUGUAGUUUAUGUAAGGAUUAAUUAAGACAGCAAGUCGUAAAUCAUUAAUAGAGUAAAACAAACUGUGGCAUCACACAAAGAGCCGUUACACUUUAAAAAAAUAUUGAAAGUAUUUUUAAAGUAUUUAUUUCUAAUCGGCUGGCCCCGCUCGAGCGCCUCGGUGGCGUGGCUGGCAGCUGGCUCGGCCGCGUGAAGCCACCUUUAGUUGGAAGCGCAGCCGCUUUGAGGAGGCGAUCUACAAAGAGGGGCUCUUGGCCAUCUUGUUUCAGAUCAAAUCCUGCAUAUAAAAACCUCGGUGAGGUUAACAUUUAUUUAUUGGCUGGGU